CACGGCGUAUAAAAGUUCUCUAGACACACUGGAGGGAGCGAGGAGAGCAUGGGAAUUAACCAUGACAGAGACGUGUGUGGAAUUCCAGAAGAUGGAGGAGGAGCGUAUAUUUCUAACACGGAACAUACUGUGGAAGAUCACCAACGUCGACUCCGAGGCGUGUGUGACACAGGACAAUUGUGCAGAGAAAGUAAGAAAUGUACUGGAAAAGUGUGAAAUAGAAACUGAUUUACAGGCCUUCAUAGAUAACUAUGGAGUGGGCAAGGAUCACCCAGAGAGAGUACCGUAUGUAAGCUACUAUGAAAGAAAGACAAGUCAGUCUAAUGCCCAAAACGCAGGAGCAGGCGGAACACGUGCUCGGCAGCCACUUCCAAGUGUUCCUAAAACAGCUGGGGGAGGGGGAGGUCCACGAUCCCCACCGCCUGGACCGGCGAGGCCCCCUGCACCCAAACAGGCACAGCUAAUAUCAAUAGACGACGAUGGUCCGUACGCAAGCAUUAGCACAGAAUCAACCGGUAAAAGAAUGGCUUGUGUAACACGUGCACAUGAAGCAAAGAUGGCGUUUGAGAUGUCCGUGGGUGUCGGCGACAGUGUGGAAGUGCUGAACAGAAACAAGGGGUAUCUUCAAAUCAAGAUUGGAAACCGGGUGGGCGCCAUUCCGGAAACAUGUGUGAACAUGCCAAAUUACAUGUGACAUACGGCUUGUAUCAUUAUGACAAAUGUUUAUGUUAAAAUAUACAGUUAUGUAUUACCCGUGAUAUUAAUCAAAUGUAAUAUUUUGUGUUAACCUAUUUACUUAGUAACAUAGUAACAAUAGGACAAGGUGCUUUGGUUAACGAUGUACAGAGUGACACCGUGUUGACAGUAGUCGCUGUUCCUCUUUUUAUAUAAACUAAAAAUACCCACUUAUUAUAUCUACCAUCCUAAGAAUAUCCUAAAAAGGUUUUUUUCUGUAUACUUUCAAACUGAUUAUAAAUACUUUAUAAGUGAAGGUUAUUUCUCCUUUGGUGGUCUCCUUACUUGUUUCAUUGUAUAUGAAUCUGCCUUAACGAGCAUCUGUCUAUAACGACAACCUGUCUUAUAAAGCCAACCUCUCUAUAAACAACAUCCUCAGAACAACUUAAAAAGUGUUAACUAUAUAAUACAAACCUGUCUAUAUACACCUGAGCAAUGAGAGUUUUAUCUCCUCGUUGUGGUCUUUAUUAACAGAUUUCACUGUGUAGCCAUCACAAAGGUGCAUUACAAGUGUGUACCAUUGCAGACGAAUUCUGUUAAUAAAUGGCAAAGAAAGAAUUAAUUCACAAGUGGUGGUACUGUACCACUGGACGGGCGUAUACAUACUAUACAAUGAUUCUGACACGUGGAUACCGGAUAACUAAGUAAACACAUUCCUAUAUACGGGUGAGGUAGAUAUACCUAUGUUUCUGUAGGGUAAUUAUAGUUAUUGAGCAUGCGUAUUUAUCUGGAGGUGGGUGUAACGACGCUGCUGUAUCGGGUUGGUGGUUAUAGACAGACAGACAGACAGACAGAUUCUUUAUGGCCUCUGGAUAGAGAUUUCAAAAUAACACCAAACAAUACAAAUGAUAAUUACAGUUUCCGAUUCAAAAAUUGAUCGGAAUAUUUAGUUUAAAUCAUAUCAAGUCACAUUUACUUGCAAUUAGAAGGCUUGCGUUCAUGUCGGAGAGCAGCAGCUCAACUCCGUCCGCAACAGCCGCCAGCAUCAAACUCUCCCACUCGUCAUCAGCCAAUUGGAUGCGCGCACUACUUCCCAAUAGAAAAUCCGUUUGGUAAUUGUCCUCAAGAAAUGAAAACUUUACAUAAUCUCUGACAUUUACUACGUUUACAACCUUAUCAAGGAAAGCAUCGCGUUUAAGGUACAACACUGGACACUCCAUAAGUAAAUGUGAAACAAUAUCGAUGGUAGUUUUCGCACACAGUCUACAUGUAACCUCUUCAAUUUCAUUUGUCACUAAUAGUAA